AUGAAGGAAGAAGCCUCCAGGGACACGCCAGAAGGCUCGACUGCCGGCGACGACCAGUCGAACUCGAAAGCGAAUCUCGCCUCCAAAGACCGCAAAUGUCAGUACUGCCAGCAAGCCUUCACCUCCUCGUCCCUGGGUCGACACCUCGACCAAUUCCUCUUCAAGAAGAAACCCGACGGUAUCCACGAUGUCGAAGAGAUCCGCCGAAUCCGCAGUGGGAUCACCCGUCGCCAGGCCCGCACGUCUUCAGGGAAACAUGAGGGUAGUCCUGAAAGGGGUCAGAAGAAGACACCGUCGGACUCGUACACAACAGCCGACACGGGGUCGAAGUCGCGGGAGGCUCCGGUGCGCAUGAUGUUUAACACGCCCACCUGGCAUGCGACUGGUGUGAUCAAUGACCUCCCCAAUCCCAGUCGUGUCCCGGAUGGGCCUCGGCUUGCGCCGUCGCAAUCUCGCGCUGGGUCGUUACAGCUGCCGGACUACGCGAGCAGAGGCGCUGGUUCCAGCAAACCAGAUACGAUGCGAGCGCUGGAGCUGGCGCUGCGCGAAGUUCUCGAUAACAUCAAAGCUGCGACCUCUCGCGUACGGCCUCGUCUGUCACCAUUCGAUUUCGAGAUUCACGCUCAAACCUUCCCCUCCCUGUGCCUGCAAUUACUCCCUCCUCCACCAAGCCUGUUUGCACCGCAACCAUUCCCCUCCUCGGAUUCCUUCCCCAUACAGGCUCCCGGUGCUGAGCACCGCGAUAUCGUUCGUCAGGCGCUCCGCUCCAAGGUUGCCCAAUGGCAGACAGAACAACUCCAAGCAGCAGACUCUACCCAGACGAAACACCGUCAUAGUGGCACGGACCAGAGCAUGAUAUACCGCAAUGCACAGCAACACGAGGAGAUGAGUCUUCGACACUUGGAAUUAGCCUACAACCAUUGGCACUCCCUUACAUACGAGACCCGUCGCGACACAUGGCAGCUCGAGAUCAUGCGCGCAUUCGCUCGGGAGGCAGAGAAGCGUAGGUCCGGGGAUAAGCAACUUGCCCGCGUGCAACAAGAAGCAAACCAGCUUCGUGCACAAGUCGAGCGUCUCGGAUCAUGCCAGUGGCCUCGGGAGUUUGCGCUAUUUCCCCCAGACACACUUCCACUACCACGAGAAGUAGCGCGGGAAUUGGAUGCCCAAGACAGCCAAAUUAGUGCCGACUCAACACGAUGGGACUAUGACAACGUACUUGCAAAAUGGAAACGCGUCGUCAUGCACGAUAAAGGCAUGGGUCGGAUUGGCGUUGGCUAUGGUAAUCCCAGCCCACUGAUGGAUGCAGACCAAGGCCAGCCACAGCCUGGCCAAAGUCCUGACCUUCGCCCACCGCGCCCUGGUGAGGAUUCAUCCUCUCACCCAAACCGUUUGCGUCCCUUGCAAACCGCUGCCGCUCUAAGUCCAGAUGUUGGCGCUGCCUCUACACCUGCCUCGUCCACCCACUACGCUUCACCCCACUCCUAUGCAGAUCCCCGUAGCCCACCUAGUGGGCUGCCACAGGCUAAACGUCCGCGACUUAUGAACUGCUCCGAGGGUCCGCCGGGGUCGUCGAUCGAAUCUGGCCCUUCUCCUGCCCCAGGCUCUGCAAUUGGUAAACCCUGGGGACCUUCCACACCCCAUCUUUCAAACAUUGCUGCGCCAUCGGGGCAAAGGCCUCCUUCCACAUCCAUGAACUGA